AUGUUUCUUAGAGAGAUAAAACUUUUCUUUACCAAUCCUGAAUUUUCUUUCUUAUUAAGACAAAUGAUGAUGCAAAUGAUAUGUUUAAUAAAAAUUAAAAUAAAAAAUGCAUGUUGUUUCGUCUCGUUGGCUUUCAAAGUUGAACCGUACAAACAAAGCAAAAGUCCUUCGGAAUGCAUUGUACACAGCAAAUCACAAACAGAACCGCAAGAGCUACAAGUGGAUACUCUGUUGAUUGUUAAACUGUUGAUGAAGGAGGUUCAUAUGGUUUUGUCUAUAACCAUUGCAAAUGAAUCAUUAAAGUGUGUAGUAUUUGACAAGAUUUGUAAAUCCAUCGCACUUCAUGCACAUCAAAUACAUCCUUGUCCAAAUGCCGUCAACCCCCCAAAGCCGUGCCCCAAAACAAUUCCACUCAAUAGGCGAACACUAGAGGAUAAUAAAUUAUCGCCCAUGAAAAAAUAUCAAUCAAAAGAUUAA